AUGGGCACCGAGAGUCAGUCUCAGAGAAGCAGUUCACAAAAUAUUCUCAAUCCCAGAGCCGGCGAUAACAUCGAAGGCGACCCGACCCAGCCAACCAAACGAAGCCCAGCUUAUGUUUCACCAAUCCCAAAGAUCGGUACCUUCACGCCCAUGUUUCAAGACAUCCAAAUACCAGCCCUCGGUCGACCACGUCUAUCGUCCUUCAUCGGCACUCUUCUCAUCGGAAAACCGAUAGACGAAGACGGCGACAUUGUAGACGAAAAGACAGGCCAAGUUCUAGCUCGAGCUGGUGGGGAUCUACCGUCCAUCGUAGGAAGGGUAGUGUCCAACAGCCAGGGCGAUAUACUAGGCGAUGAUGGAAAGUUGUUGGGUUAUGUGGCAGAUGUAGAGCUGGGUCGCACACGGCCGCCCAUUUCUCCUGAGCAGCCACGCAGCUUGUUUGAGCUGAUGGGAAAAGCGGCCAGCUCGUUGAUGGUUGACCAUCAAGGGAACAUACUUGAUGCGAGCGGAUUUAUAGUUGGAAAGUUUUACUGUCAUGAAGAUGCUAUUCACGACGCCGAUAAUGCCGAGGGGAACAUGCCGCCCAAUGACAAAACAGAAAGGAGACAACAACAGCCAUCAUGUCAAUCACAACAUCUUACAACACCUCCCGAACAACAGCCAGAACAGCAAAAAGCACAACCAACAGGAGAUUCGUCCAAUGCAGGGCAAAAUCAAGGCAGUGAGAGGACGAAUGCCAGAGCUUGGAAAAAGGAGAGUCCAGAAGAGAGUCCUUCGGAUAUAUUUUUGGACGUCAAGUCUACAAGAGAGGGAGUUCAACUGACCAUUCGAAUCCCUACUGUCUUCCCUGCGCCAAGGCUAGCACCUCCUGAUUCUUCAUGA